AUGGGCCCCACACCCGAGAAUCACUGCAUGUUGCAGGGUUUCGAAUGGAACGUCCCUGCCGAUCAGAAACAUUGGAUUCGGUUGCAAAAUGCCCUGCAAGACCUGAAGAACAUUGGAAUAGACAACGUCUGGCUCCCACCGGCGUGCAAAGGUCAAGGUGGUGACCAGGCCAACGGUUAUGACAUUUAUGACUUGUAUGAUGUUGGCGAAUUUGAGCAAAAAGGCGCCAAAUCGACCAAAUGGGGCCCCAGAGAGGAUCUGGAUCAGUUGAGCAAACAAGCCAAGGAGCUGGGGAUUGGGCUGUACUUCGACGCGGUGCUGAAUCACAAGGCUGGUGCAGACAGGAAGGAGAAGUGCCGGGUCGUCGAGGUGGAUCAGAGUGACCGAAACAAAGAGAUCGGAGAGCCGUUCGAGAUCGAGGCGUGGCUGGGCUUCGACUUUCCUGGACGUGGCGACAAAUACUCGGCGCAAAAGUACCACUGGGAGCAUUUCUCUGGGACCGACUACGACGCCGCCACCGAAAGAACCGGCAUCUUCCGCAUCCUCGGCGACAACAAGCAUUGGUCCCGUUCUGUAGGCGACGAGGCCGGCAACGCCGACUUCCUCAUGUUUGCCGACCUCGACUACAGCCAUCCCGAGGUGGCCAAGGACGUGAUCCAGUGGAGCGAGUGGGUCGUGAACGAGUUCCAGCUGAAGGGAUUCCGCUUCGAUGCCUGCCAACAUUUCUCGGAGCGUUUCACCAAUGAUCUCGUCAAAAAUUUGGAGGACAAGUUCGGCAAGGACUCGUUGUUCUUGGUUGGCGAAUACUGGAGCGGCGACCGACAGGAAAUGCUCGAGUGGCUCGACAACAUGUACCAUCAUGUGUCGUUGUAUGACUCGCCCCUGGUGUAUUCCUUCUCCCAAAUCUCCAAGACGGAGAAGGCGGACCUCCGCAAAGUGUUCGACAAGAGCCUCGUGCAGGCCAAGCCGGAGUCUGCGGUCACGGUGGUGAUGAACCACGACACGCAGCCGGGCCAGACGGUCGAGACCCCCAUCGAGGGCUUCUUCAAGCCCAUCGCCUACGCGCUGAUCCUGUUGCGGCGCGAGGGCUACCCGUGCGUCUUCUACGGCGACCUGUACGGCAUGAAGGGCAAGCACGCCGAGCCUCCGGCGUGCGGCGGGAAACUGCCUCAGCUCGUGCUCGCGAGGAAGCUCUUCGCGUACGGCGACCAGGACGACUACUUCGACGAGGACCCGAACUGUCUCGGGUUCGUGCGCCGGGGCACCGACGACCGCACAUCCGGCCUGGCCUGCGUCAUGUCGAACGCCGAGCCCGGCACCAAGAGGAUGUUCGUGGGCAAGGAGCACGCCGGGGAAGUCUGGACGGACGUGCUGGGGUGGCAGACGGAGGAGGUCACGAUCGGAGAGGAUGGAUUUGGCGAGUUCAUGUGUCCCGGCACGAGCGUGAGUGUGUGGGUGAGCAAGGACGCCGAGGGAAGGGAGCGGAUGGAUCAGUUGAGCUUUGAUAGCGACAUCUACGCCAAAGCAUAA